AUGGAGAAAGUAGUUGGCGGUCUAGGCAGGAUAUGCAAAGGCAGUGGCACCGAGGAAGUCAAAAUGCGUUAUCGCAAGGCAAUGAGGCAUGCUGUGGAGAGGAUAAUAGAUUGUGGGUUUUUGACUUUCUUGGAGCGUAAGGUUUUAGAUUAUAUACAGAUUUCAAAGGGUCCAAAUAAAGUAGGAUAUGAAUUAAUUUCAUUUGAUUUGGAAUUUUUUUAUGUUGUACUAGUAUGUGUAUAUUCUAUAUUAUUAGCUGGUGGUUUGCGAGCAGUAGCUCAGACUAUUUUUAUGAAAUGGUUUUGGAAUCAAUAUAUUUUAUAUUUAUUAGUUAUAUGUUUUUUUCUUAAUAUUCCUUUAUUUUUUGUUGAUGUUCUUCUUGUUUACCUGAAACAUCGUAUUCCUUUUGAAUUUUCUGAAGGUGAAUCUGAAGUGGUAUCGGGUUUUAAUGUUGAAUAUAGAAGAGGUGGCUUUGCAUUAAUUUUUAUGACUUAA